UUUUUUGUAUACUUUUGUUAAAAAUAAUUCUUUGCGCAAGCUGUAGUAAGACGCAAAACAUAAAUUUCCUGUCGAAAACGGGUAUUAUGCAUGCCUAAAAAUAGAACUUAAGGCGUUGCGAUAACGUUAGAGCGAGAAAACGCGGGAACACGUUCAUGCCGUUUAUGCUGACGCACUCAUUUUAUAGCCGUGUGUGUUACGGUUGUUUCAGCGUAAAAUAUAUUUAAUAUUCAUAUGAGAGCAAGAGCAAAAUGUGGACAAAUGACAAUACAGAGGAGACCAAACUGCACCUCGCUGCGCUGGAAUCUUACAGCACGGGAAAAAUAACGCCGUUGUUGAAAGAAGAGCUCAAAUAUUACAUACAGACACGACGUUUGUCAGAAGGCAAGAAUGAACUCGUUGUAGAUUUUGAUACAGUACCCAAGAAAUCACAGAAACUACGACCGGAUGAAGUUGCUAGACUUGAGAGGCGACGAGAACAGAAUCGCAGAGCAUCCGAGAAGUUUAGGAGCAAGAAGAAGACAGAAGUACAAAAUCUGCAAAAGAUAUAUCAGCAGUUGGAGCAGAGAAAUAAAGAGUUACUGAGAGAAUUAGGUAAUCUUCAAGCUGAGCGAGAUGCUCUCUAUGAACGUGUUAUGAAAGUUCUACAGAAGAAUAGUACCAAAACUGACUGAAACUCAGGGGACAAUAUAAUGUAAAAAGAAGCCAACAAUCGGAGGGACAUUAAAGUGAUGAGAAAGCAAACCACGGGGAGCCUUCGAGCAUAUCAUUUUAUUUUACGUUUGUUCAACAAAAUCAUUAAGACAUGCGUUGUCUGAGGAGCAGUGAAUUCAUGAUGAGGAUGAGUAGUGUUACUAAAAAGGAAUUAUUUCAGACCUAUUUUUCAUAAAUGACGGAAAAGAAAUGUUGUUAUGUUUACAUUAUGAAGUCUAGUUGACUUCUGUCUGCAGAUAAGAAAUUCUUUACUUUAGUACUUUUUUAUUUCUUAUUUUUACUGCAGAUACAGAAAUUUUUACUUUGGUACUCUUUUAUUUCUCAUUUAAACCACAGGUACGGAAAGUUUUUAAUAUGAUACUUUUGUAUUUUUUUAUUUUUUAAAAGUUGAAAUGAUAUAAUUUCGUUUUUGAUUGUUAACUUAGAUGUAUGCUCAAAGAGUUAUUGUUUAAACUGAUUAUUUGAUUGUAUAAAACAAUGAAAAAGAAGUCGUACUAUACAUACUAAUGACCAAGAUGUUUCUUUAGCACAAAUAUUUAUAUUUCUUUCUUUGCAAGAGUACACUUGAAUCCCUGCAUAUAAAUUAAUUUUAAUUACAAAACAGACCUUUUAAGGGUACUAAGAAAACAGAAAACAUACUGUUUCAUAAUUUCAUGACAUUGUUGCUUUUUUUUCUGAAAAAAAAUAACGACAGCUAAUCAGUUGGGGAAAAAAGAAAAGAAACUUUUUACCCCAUAAAGUAAGACAGGAGAGAAACUUCACAAUGUUCUUAAAGAUAUACAGUGCCAAUCUUUCAAUAACAUAUUUUAUUUCAAGAUAUUUACAUAAAAUGUAGAAAUUCCUCGUCUAACAUAUAUAAAACUUUACCAAAUAUUUAAUAGUUUACGUUAAGACUUUGUUUAGCUACACAUGCAUUAGGUUUUUUUCAAUCUUAAACUUAAGACUCAUAAACUUGUUAACUUUAUGUUGACAUAGACUAAAUGUAGCAGGUGUUCAUAUUUUCAAAUAUGAAAUUUGAGUCUAGUAUAGCUUUAAGCCAACAGUUACAGAAGGAUACACUUUAGAAUAAUUUUUAGCUAACGUUUGGACUUUUUAAGAAAAAGCAUUGUUCUAGUCGCAUGACAGUCCACAUAUGGUAUAGUUAUCAUCCUAUACAAUUAACAUAACAAUAAAAUAACACAGAUAUCCGGUAUACUCAGUUUCCUGACGAAAACUUUGAUUUAUGGAAGAACGUAAAAAAUCUUCUCUGACUGUAACUAGAUACUCUUUGGCAAGAGGCGACUAAUAGGGUCUUAACACUUGAUUUUGCUGUAACUCUGUGAUUACAGCAGGUAUGCAAAUUUUGAUUCCAUACCUCAUGUUUUUAUUUCGAUGUAAAUAAGAUGUGAAACCAAAAUUUGUAGUCCUGUUUGGCGCCAUAUAACCUAUACUGUGUUGGUGCGCCGUAAAACCCAAAUAAAUAAAUAAAUAACUCUUUGGCAAGAGGAAUUUUACUCAGCGUUUGAACCAUUAUUCUGUACCUGCUAAUGAAAUUGUUCUGCAGCUGCUUUCUUCGUACCAGUACGUCUUUAAUAGAUAUUUCCAUAUAACGACCAACAUUUCUGGUAUUACACUAAAAUGUCAUAUCGUGUGCAAUAGCCAGUUCAAAAAUAAACGGUUCUUGUAGGGA